AUUUAUGGAUGUAGUUAAAGAAUAUGCAUAAUUACGGCUAAAAAGACUUGUAGACAAGUGAGUCCAAUCCAGUCUAAUUCAGUUCAUUUAUCUAAAACCAUCCCAUUAAGCGUACACUCACUCGUUCACUCACUGGAUAAGCGUCAACUUCAUACACAACUUUGUCCGUCAAAUAUAGUUGUUCAAGUAGAAAUAAUGUCUGCAAUUGUGGAACACCCGAUCCGGAGCGUGCUCGUCGCCAAUCGGGGCGAAAUCGCCGUCCGAGUCUUCCGAGCCUGCUCCGAGUUAGGAAUCCGGUCCAUUGCCAUUUACUCUGAGCAGGAUAAGAUGCACAUGCACCGACAAAAGGCGGAUGAAUCGUACCUCAUAGGUCACGGGCUCGCCCCGGUCGCGGCUUAUUUAAAUAUUCCUGAAAUAAUCAAGAUCGCGAAGGAACACGAUGUCGACGCGAUCCAUCCAGGGUACGGAUUUCUGUCUGAGUCCGCCGAGUUUGCAGAAGCUUGUGUCAAAGCGGGGAUUCGGUUUAUCGGACCUACGCCCAAAGUGGUCAGAACGAUGGGGGAUAAAGUGGCGGCGAGAAAGGUUGCCAUCGAGGCCAAUGUCCCUGUCGUCCCUGGGACGGAACUUCCGGUAUCAACGGCGGCAGAUGCGGUCGAAUUUUGUAAGACGCACGGACUUCCGGUCAUGGUAAAGGCGGCUUUUGGCGGGGGCGGGAGGGGGAUGCGGGUCGUGAGGAAGUUAGAGGAUGUCGCGGACAUGUUUAACCUUGCGAGUGGCGAGGCGAAAGCAGCGUUCGGCGAUGGGUCCAUGUUUAUUGAAAAGUUUGUGGAGAAAGCGAGACACAUUGAGGUUCAACUGCUUGGAGACGAGUAUGGAAAUGUGGUCCAUUUAUACGAGCGGGAUUGCUCGGUGCAACGAAGACAUCAAAAGGUGGUUGAGGUCGCACCCGCUCCAAAUUUGGAUGAGGAUGUGAGAGAGGAGAUGGCCAGUGCGGCAGUUCGAUUGGCGAAGCACGUGGGAUACACGGGAGCGGGAACGGCCGAAUUUUUAUUAGAGCCCAGCGGGAAGUUUUACUUUAUCGAGGUCAACGCCAGGAUUCAGGUGGAGCAUACGAUCACGGAGGAGAUUACGGGCGUGGAUCUCGUACAAUCUCAAAUUCGCAUAGCUGAGGGUGCCUCACUCCCAUCGCUCGGCUUAACCCAAGAAAACAUCCGCAUCGAUGGAUUUGCUAUUCAAUGUCGUAUCACGACAGAGGAUCCCGCUGAAGGCUUCCGUCCAGAUUCUGGCAGGAUUGAUGUAUUUCGAAGCGGUGAAGGAAUGGGCAUCCGAUUAGAUGGCGCGUCCGCCUUCGCUGGUGCGAUCAUAUCGCCAUAUUAUGAUUCCCUCUUGGUUAAGGUUAUCUCCCAUGCGAGAGAUUUGUACUCCUCGGCCUCAAAGAUGGACCGAGCGUUGAGAGAGUUCCGUGUUCGAGGAGUAAAGACCAACAUCCCCUUCCUCCUCAAUGUCCUCGAGCACGCACGUUUCCUCGCUGGCACGCUGGACACCAACUUUCUCGACGAGCACCCACAACUCUUCACCUUCCUCCCGCAGCAAAAUCGCGCCCAAAAAAUUCUAAAUUACGUCGGCGAAGUCCUUGUUAACGGACCAACGACACCUUUAGCCACCAGUCUCAAACCCGCCGUUGUCGUUCCCGUUGUCCCAUUGACCCCGCAUACUGCCCCACAUCCGACGUCAGGAUGGCGAAAAAUACUCCUCGAUCAUGGUCCCGCCGCUUUCGCCGCUGCGGUGAGGGCUCAUCCAAAACUUUUGUUGAUGGACACCACCCUCCGAGAUGCACAUCAAAGCCUGUUGGCCACUCGCGUGAGGACGUACGAUUUGGUUAGAAUCGCACCUUUCGUGGCGCACAAGUUGAGUCGCCUCUACUCGUUGGAAAACUGGGGAGGUGCGACGUUCGAUGUUUCCAUGAGAUUUCUACACGAGUGCCCGUGGGAGAGGUUGAUCGCGUUGAGGAAGUUGAUUCCAAACGUGCCUUUUCAAAUGUUAUUGCGGGGCGCUAAUGCAGUUGGGUACACAAACUAUCCGGAUAAUGUGGUGUACAAAUUCUGCGAAUUAGCUGUUCGAAACGGUAUGGAUAUCUUCAGGGUCUUCGACUCUCUCAACUACCUUCCAAACCUACUUUUGGGCAUUGACGCCGUCGCCAAAGCCGGUGGCGUCGUAGAGGCCGCCAUUUCUUACACUGGUGAUGUAUCCGACCCAUCCAAGACCAAGUACGAUCUAAACUACUACCUUCGCCUGGCGUCUGCCCUCGUUGACGCCGGCACUCACAUUUUAUGCGUAAAAGAUAUGGCGGGACUUUUGAAACCACAAGCUGCCCGACUAUUGAUUUCCGCAUUGCGUGCCCAACACCCCACAAUGCCAAUUCAUGUUCAUACCCACGACACUUCUGGAGCAGGGGUCGCCUCCAUGCUUGAAGCAGCCCGAGCUGGGGCAGAUAUUGUUGACGUGGCGGUAGAUUCCAUGUCUGGCAUGACCUCUCAACCAAGCUUUGGUGCCAUUGUGGCAUCUCUUCAAGGAACGGAACAAGCAACGGAAUUCGGUUUGGAGGAAGUUUCAGCAUACUCAAGCUACUGGGAACAGGCCCGGACUUUGUAUGCGCCGUUCGAGUGUACGACGACGUUGAAGAGUGGAACGGCGGAUGUUUAUCUGCACGAAAUUCCAGGAGGACAGUACACCAACCUUCAGUUCCAAGCUUAUUCUCUAGGAUUAGGGAGUCAGUUCCACAAGGUGAAAGCGGCCUAUGCCGAGGCAAACAUGCUUCUCGGGGAUAUCAUCAAGGUGACACCGAGCAGUAAGGUGGUCGGCGACUUGGCCCAAUUUAUGGCGCAGAAUAAACUUACUUCCAAAGAGGUCGAGGAACGGGCGGAAGAAUUAUCGUUUCCUAAAAGUGUGGUGGAAUUUAUGCGAGGUGAAAUAGGACAACCGCAUGGGGGGUUUCCGGAACCGUUGAGAUCCAAGAUUUUGAAAGGUCUACCUGGUAUCGAAGGACGCCCUGGAGCUCAACUCGCCCCAUUCGAUUUCGAAGCGGCCACCAUCGACUUAAAGGAGCGAUUUGGGGGCCGCAUUCGUGAAGAGGAUGUCAUGAGUUACGCCCUCUAUCCGCAAGUGGCGUCAGACUUUUUCACCUUCCGUGAAAAGUUCGGUCCAGUUUGCAAAUUGGAGACGAGGAUAUUUCUUGUUGGUCCAAAAACUGGGGAGGAAUUUGAGGUAACGAUUGAAAAAGGGAAAACCCUAUCGUUCAAGACACUCGCGGUGGCGGUAGAUUUGAAUAAGCAUGGAAGAAGGGAAGUCUUUUACGAGGUCAACGGGCAGUUGAGGUCGGUCUUUAUCAGGGAUCGAGGGGCAGCAAAGGAGCACACUUUCCACCCGAAAGCUGAAAAGGGGAUUAAAGGUCAAGUCGGAGCACCCAUGCCGGGGUCAGUGAUCGAGUUGAAAGUCGCUGAAGGUGAAAAAGUCCCAAAGGGAGCCGCACUUGUCGUUCUUUCCGCAAUGAAAAUGGAAAUGAUUGUGCAGGCUCCGAUGGACGGCGUCGUGUCAAAAAUUCAUGUCACAAAAGAUAUGAAAUUGGAUGCGGAAGAUUUGAUCAUCACAAUCGUAUAGAUACGUAACUUAUGUACGUAUUUAUACACAUUUAGAAUAUAAAACAUACUAUGUAGGUAACGUAACAUGUUUGUAUUUAGUAUUGGCCAUUGGUUAGAAAAUUAAUAAAAAUACGUGUUUGUAAUCAAAA